AAGUUCAUCUCUACUCUUCAUACAUGUCAGGGUGUAGCAAAACGUUUGCACAAGAAAUGUGUCAGAAGAAUGGAGCCAUCCAAGUGCAUCUUUCCUCAAGAAAUUAUCGAAAACGUUAGGACUCCAUUGUUCAUCGUCAACCCCGCCUAUGAUUUUUCGCAGAUACAACAUAACUUAGUCCCUGCUGGAUCAGAUCCUCAUGGCUACGGGAGAAGAUACAGAUUGACCAUUCAGGAGUGUGAUUCUACCCAGACUGAAACACUACAAGGCUUCCGUAGUCCCCUGCUUGAAGCACUAAGUAAGCUUGAGAAAGACAAGGAAGGGGGUAUGUUUAUAAAUUCGUGCUUUGUUCAUUGCCAAAAUUGGAUGGCUGAGGCAUGGCAUUAACCCAAUUCUCCAAGAAUCAACAAUAAGACCAUUGCAGAGUCUGUGGGUGAUUGGUACUUCGGCCGUAAAUCAUCGAAGGAGAUCGACUGCCCUUACCCCUGCAAUCCCACUUGCUAUAACAUGGACUUCACACGAGGUUUAUGAGACACGUCUCAGAUACUGAUUAACCUCUCCAACUUCAAAACCACCCCUGAAUAUUAUCUCAAUUUGCAGUC